CACACCCGAGGGUAAGACCAAGAGCGGACAGUCGCGCGCCGGCCGCUGUCACGGUGGGAUCCCACAUGUUUCGCUCCGUUUCGGUGCAUGCAGACCUGAGAGCCUCUACACCCUGAGGAGGGGGGGUGGAGACGCUGUAUCGGGUUAGUGACGUGUGAUCGUGAGUGGGGAGAGGCCGAAAGGGUGAGUCUUCGAGAUGAGCUAUGAAGGGGGCCCCGGGCUGCCUGCUAGCCUCCGUCAUCAUUUUACUACUGUUACGAAUGACUGUUUACACGAAUGCAUUGCCACCCAUCGUCAAAAUUGGUGCCAUAUUCACUCAUGACCAAAAGGAUAGCAGCACAGAGCUGGCCUUCAAGUAUGCCGUUUACAAGAUCAACAAGGACAAGGUCAUACUGCCAAAGACAAAUUUGGUUUACGACAUUCAGUACGUGCCCAAAGAUGACUCGUUUCACGCGUCCAAAAAAGCCUGUCAACAGGUCAAAUUUGGCGUACAAGCUGUGUUUGGACCGUCAGAUCCUAUUCUCGGUCAGCACAUUCACAGUAUCUGCGACGCGCUGGACAUACCGCAUCUGGAGGUCAGGCUGGACCUGGACGCGGAGGCGAAAGAAUUCAGCAUAAAUCUGCAUCCCGCACAAACGUUACUCAAUUCUGCCUAUCAGGACGUUAUGUUUUUCCUCAAUUGGACGAAAGUUGCCAUUAUUUACGAAGAUGAUUAUGGUCUGCUGAAGCUCAGGGACUUGGUGAAAACACCCAAGUCGCCGGACCUUGAGGUACACCUGAGACAAGCAGAUCCUGAUUCAUACGGACGAGUUCUGAGUGAUAUCAAGAGUAAAGAGAUUAGAAAUUUUAUUGUUGACACUAAACCUGAACACAUGCAGCAUUUUUUACGAAUGAUAAUUCAAAUGCAAAUGAACGAUUACAAGUACCACUACCUCUUCACAACUUUUGAUAUUGAAACGUUCGAUCUCGAGGAUUUCAAGUACAAUUUUGUCAACAUCACUGCCUUUCGAUUAGUCGACGCUGACGACAUUGGAGUCAGGGGAAUACUGAGAGACAUGGAGCGCUUCCAGCCAGCCGGAAACACUGUGCUCAAUAAAUCACGUGUUAUUCAGGCUGAGCCCGCUCUGAUAUACGACAGCGUACAAGUAUUUGCCGUUGGUCUGCGCACCCUGGAGCAGUCUCACACGCUGAGACCGGCGAAUCUCUCCUGCGAGGCAGAGCAUCCCUGGGACGGCGGCCUCUCUCUCAUCAACUACAUCAACUCGGUGGAGAUGAAGGGGUUAUCCGGACCCAUUGAGUUCAAGGAGGGGAGGAGGAUUCAGUUCAAGCUGGACUUGCUCAAGUUGAAGCAACAUUCACUGGUUAAAGUUGGCGAGUGGAGACCGGGGCCCGGGGUCAACAUCACAGACGGCGCUGCUUUUUUCGAGCCUGGGACCGUCAACGUCACCUUAAUCGUCAUCACAAUCCUGGAACAGCCAUACGUUAUGCUGAGGAACUCGGGAAAUUUCAGUGGUAAUGAACGGUACGAGGGAUUCUGCAUCGAUCUGCUGAGGGAGAUAGCGCGCAUGGUGGGAUUCACGUACAGAAUUGAGCUAGUACCCGAUGGCAAGUACGGUGUUUACGAUUACGAGACCGGCGAGUGGAACGGAAUUGUGCGUCAGUUGAUGGAUAAGAAGGCAGACUUGGCAGUUGGAUCGAUGACGAUAAAUUACGCCCGCGAGAGUGUGAUUGACUUCACGAAGCCGUUCAUGAACCUCGGUAUCUCGAUUCUCUUCAAGGUACCAACGAGUCAUCCGGCGCGGCUAUUUUCCUUCAUGAACCCCCUGGCUAUCGAAAUCUGGCUGUACGUACUGGCUGCCUACGUUCUUGUAUCAGUAACAAUGUUUGUAGUGGCGAGAUUCAGCCCAUACGAGUGGAAUAAUCCUCACCCCUGUCACGGCCACUCGGGCCCGGAAAUUGUUGAAAAUCAAUUCUCGUUGUCCAACAGCUUCUGGUUCACCAUUGGCACUCUCAUGCAGCAAGGAAGCGAUCUGAACCCUAAGGCGGCGAGUACGAGAAUUGUCGGGGGGAUAUGGUGGUUUUUUACGCUUAUUAUUAUAUCGUCUUAUACGGCUAAUCUGGCCGCCUUCUUGACGGUUGAGAGAAUGAUAACGCCCAUUGAAAAUGCUGAGGAUCUUGCUGGACAAACGGAUAUCACGUAUGGAACGCUGGAGAGUGGUAGCACUAUGACGUUUUUUCGAGACUCAAUGAUCGAAACGUACAAAAAAAUGUGGCGUUUCAUGGAGAAUAAGAAGCCCUCGGUGUUCGUGCCAACGUACGAGGAAGGCAUUCAGCGUGUUCUCCAGGGUGAUUACGCCUUUCUGAUGGAAUCUACAAUGCUUGAUUACAUCGUCCAAAGAGAUUGCAAUCUCACACAGAUCGGGGGAUUGCUGGAUAGCAAGGGCUAUGGAAUAGCCACGCCAAUGGGCUCACCGUGGAGGGAUAAGAUCUCACUCGCGAUUCUCGAGCUUCAGGAGAAGGGGGAGAUACAGAUGUUGUACGACAAGUGGUGGAAGAGCCCUGGGGAUACCUGCAAGAGGAGGGAGAAGGGCAAGGAGAAUAAAGCCAAUGCUUUGGGCCCUGCGAAUAUCGGAGGAGUUUUUGUCGUUCUACUCUGCGGCCUGGCAUUCGCUGUCCUCGUGGCAAUAUGUGAAUUCUGUUACAAUUCACGCAGACAUUCACCAUCGGAGCGUGAGACACACGCUGUGCAGCCGCCCCCCACGUGCUCUGGGUCUUUGCAGACUGUCAGUCAAAAUCCACAGCAGCAAAACUCGAAUCAGGAAUCACUGUGCUCGGAAAUGGCACGUGAAUUGUGUCGUGCAUUACGAUGUCGCGCAUCGUCACGUCGGCGAAAGGCUUGUGAAAAGUGCUCGACACACGUAGUUGGUUACACACUUGAUAAUCCCACUGCCACUCCGCUAAAUGGGAUGAGGUCUCAGAGAGGCAGCCUGGGAAUCUCUGGAGAUUUACCAGCUCACAUUCAUAUGCACCACCACGUACCCCACGAAUACGAUGGAAAUUGACAAAAAAAUAUAUCACUUCAUCAUUUUUUACUCGCCAAAUCAUCGGACGCAAGAAAGUAUUCAUUAAUCACCGGACGAAAAAAUUCGAACAACAUUUUGUAUAGUGACGAAUGAUGAAUGAGGAUCGUCGACCCUGUUACAGGAGCAAAUUUUUAUGAAUGAGUCGAGACGUUCUCGCGAUCUCAGGUGAUUUUUCACGGCUUGUCCGUCCUUUUGCCCUGAGGAAUUUCCUCUGGUGCGCCCAGACGUCUGCCCCACUCAUAAAAACGCUCAAUGGUAAAUGAAUGAGUAAUUUUGCAAAGUCGCGACAAUGCGCGUCUUUAUCCACUUCCCUAAUUCAGUUCUGAGCCAAAAAUGCCGAUGUAAGGAAGUAAAUGAAGACUAGAGUGUAAAUAAAACCGACGACAGGCGCUGGUUGUGCUAACUGUUAUAAUUAAUUUAAAUUAGUGAUUAAAUCUCCAGUGAAGUGGUAAAAAAGAUAAUUCAGAGAAAAUAUCAAGACUUUUGUAGCCCCUGCGAUGACAAAAAAAAUUCCCAAAUCUCUUGAAUCAAGUGGAAUUCACAAGACGAUCCCCAAACCUUGAACUAAUCUUCAUUUACCACUUCAUGACCAAAAUGAUGAGUAAUCGUUCGAUGUUUGAUGUCAUUUUACGUGUAUACAUGGACCUAGACUACGAAAUA